CUCACAGACAUACUACAUUGGUAAACUGUGAGAGCAGCACUGCACCCAGGCUCUUGUUAAGUACUUGUCAUUCAUAUGGCACAGUUGCUACUCCUGGGGCACAUCAAGUGCAGAGCCAUUUAUGUGUAUGUGUAAGUAAAUAUUUCCAAGCCAUUUAGGGGGUUGAGAUGCCUUGCAGGAUCCAGUGAUAUGAAGAUACCAGUUUGGAAGGGAUACCAGAGCCUUUUCCUAAAGCAUAGAGCGGAAGCAGUGAGCAGAACAGAUCAGGAGGGUGAAAAGCUAUCCCCAGUGGAACUGUGUUGCCCUUAGUGCAUCUCUUUGUUGUGCUUAUGCUGUGAUCAUAGCACAGCUUUAGCGUGUUGCAAAAGCAGUCUCUGUACAUCUGCAGUGGCUAGUUUUGUGGAAGUCACUAGUCCGGACAUUUCUAGGUGUUCUUUUCAACAGUGAUGAGAAAAAAAAACCCUACUCAAAAGAAUUAAAAUAAUUUACCCACCUUAGGAGCUUAUUAUAUGUAGGGAUCUACUUGAUUCUCAAUUUCACAAUUUUCACAGAACCAGCAAAAAGGCAGUUUCCACAGUCACCAUGAAAACUGGUGUUCCCCACAGUUUUGUGUGGAAUCAGGGUGGGGGAAAAAACCCUUAUUAAAUAUAAAAUACUGGCUCCCCAGUGGGAGACAGCAGCUGCUGCGACCCAACCUCACAGCCUGCUUGGGGGGAAGCUGCUGGCAGGCGUAGGAAUAGCCAAGAUGACAGCUGUGCCACCCCUCCCACCCCACCCCCCACUGCUUAUUGGCAGAGAGGCCUACAUUUUGCAUGGUCCUGCCCCUCUCCACCAAUCAACAGUGAGGGGCAGGGCUGCAUGAAGGACAAUCCUCUCUACCAGCCAGCAGUGUGGGGAAGCUCACCGUGAAAAGACCGUGAAAAUGGUGCUGGGCACUGCAAGCUGCCUGUGAUUUUUACUUUCCCUCUGCACACUAAGUAAAUCCCUAAUUAUAUGUCAUAUUUCUUUUUCUAAAUGGAAAGUAUUCUUGAGUUAUGCUGUGACAAAAACCCAACUUUUAUACUUACAUUCUCCAUAAAUGACAAUAAAUAAUGCAGUACAAUCAAAUCUCAUGUUUCACAUAAUUUUUCACACUUGAUUCUGCUUGAACUGUGAAGCCAGCAUGGCCUGCAUAUAACAAGUUGUACUUGCUGUGUCAUAGGUUCCUGCACAAUCCCAAUUUAUUUAUAGGCAUUCCUGUGGCAGGCAUGUGGUUGCUUUGGGGUUUCCAUCAUUGAAGGAAUUUUUUAAUUGGCAAAGAUUUAUUUUAUUGAUUUCAUUUUUCUUAAUUUCAGGAAAUAGUUUUUUUUCCUUGUUAGGUAAAAUUCACACCCUGCAAAAGGCCUGUGUCCUGCUGAAGCCCUCAGAUGACGGCUCGACUUGGAAGUAGAUACUUCACUAGUCUCUUCCUUGGGUCUUUUGUGGGUGAAUUUCUCCUGUUAAAUUCUGAGUAUUGAUUUUUCUUCCAAAAUAUCAGCUCUGGUUCUAAACUAAUUGAAAUUGUCCCUUUAAUUUUAAUAUCAUGGGAAGCAACAUUAUAUGAAGAAAUGUACAUGUGAGAAUGAAUGUAACCAGUGUCUCUUCUGCCCAGUGGUCUCUUUUUUCUCCAUGAGUUCUAUAUAGCAGAGGAGGAAAUGACUGAAAUGAGAUUUAGUAGUACAUCAUCAUGGAAUAUAUAUGUACAAUUAUGUUAUCACCAUCCAACCUGGACAUCACACAUUGCAUGAUAGCUCAUUAUUGAGAAAAUGUCACCCCAUAAAGCAGCCUAAGUAUUUCUGGCACUCCCUACAGCAAGUUGUCAUUCUGAACUAACCCUAUCAACCAGACCUUUUAUUUUUCAAUGAGGACCCAGAUGUAGGUAUUUCUCUUCCCUGAGUUAAGGUGACUACACUGGGGGAGGUCUUAAAAGGCACUAUUCAGGCCUUUCAGCCUUAGCCCACUGGUAAGUGAAUUUUAGCAAGCACUGUAUAGUUAAUUUCAGAAAAAAAAAGUGAUGCCUGUGAUAUAUGGUUAAUAUUUUUGUGCAAAUAUACACAUCUGUUUGGGAGGCUUUAAUUUAUAAUUGCAUGUAAUAUAAGGUUAUUUUGUGUAGAUUGGACAUGUAUGCAAAUACAGCAGCAGCAUAACAAGGGAAAGCUUCCAUAUUUAUAAAUAUGGGGCCUCUUUCUGAAGCCUUUAUUUUGCAGUUACACACAUGGGUAGUCUAAUAGCUAGUAAUCAUGAGAGCUACUUAUGACAUCCUACCUAUCUUGGGUAAGGUGUGUAGAAUUAGGGGCAUUAUUAACAAUCAGGUAGUCCCUUUUCUUGGUUUUAUUUAACAGAUUCUUUUUAAACAGGCACACUGGAUCCAGAGAAAGGGAACUAGAGAUCUAUACCUAGCCUUGUUCAUCAUGGGGAUAUUGCGCCUCAGAAAGACAAACUGAACCAUCAGGCAUGAAGUCCUUAUUCAAACUGAAAAAAAUAUUUUUCAGUAGAGAGGAGCCAAUAUACUGUUACACACCACACAACUUCACCCGCGACCAAGCCUUGUAUGCCAGAGGAUAUUGUUGGACAGAACUAAAAGAUGCCUUGCCAGGAGUUGAUGCCAACCAUUGGCCCUCCUUGUUUGAGCAUAAGUUCCUUCCUUAUGCACUGCUAGCUUUUGCUGGUAUAAUGUACAUUCCAGCUCUUGGCUGGGAGUUUCUGGCCUCCACCAGACUGACUUCAGAGCUUAAUUUUUUGCUUCAGGAGAUUGAUAACUGCUACCACCGUGCAGCAGAAGGGCGUGCACCAAAAAUAGAGAAACAAAUUCAGUCCAAAGGCCCAGGAAUCACGGAGAGAGAGAAGAGAGAAAUCAUUGAGAAUGCAGAGAAGGAAAAAAGCCCAGAGCAGAACUUGUUUGAAAAAUACUUGGAAAGAAGAGGGAGAAGUAACUUUUUAGCUAAACUUUAUCUUGCAAGACAUUUAUUUAUAAUAUUUUUAAGCAUUAUACCCAUCACAUAUUUAUCCACCUACUAUGCUACCCAGAAGCAAAAUGAGUUUACGUGUGCACUAGGGGAACCUCCGGACAAAACAAGCAGCUCCAAAUUGCACAUCCGCGUGAACUGUAAACUGCCAUCAGUCCAGCUCCAGCGUAUAAUUGCUGGAGUGGACAUUGUCCUCCUCUGCUUUAUGAACUUAAUCAUUCUUAUCAACUUAAUUCACCUCUUCAUAUUCCGCAAAUCCAACUUCAUAUUUGAUAAAUUGAACAAGGUGGGGAUAAAGACCAAAAAACAGUGGCAGAAGUCUCAAUUUUGUGAUAUCAAUAUUCUAGCUAUGUUUUGCAAUGAAAAUCGGGACCAUAUAAAAUCACUGAACCGCCUGGAUUUUAUUACAAAUGAAAGUGAUCUGAUGUAUGACAAUGUGGUACGGCAGUUGCUUGCAGCCUUGGCUCAGUCGAACCAUGAUGCUACACCAACGAUGCGUGAUUCAGGGAUUCAAACGAUAGAUCCCAGUAUUGAUCCAGCAGACAUUGAUGCCAAUGAACAGCUCAUCAUUAAGAGACCUAGAAAGAAAAUGAAAUGGAUUCCAAGUAGCAAUCCACUCCCUCAGCCAUUCAAGGAGCAGUUAGCCAUUAUGAAGGUUGAAAACCACAAACCUGAAAAGCCUAAGCCAGUGCGCAGAAAAACAGCAACUGACAGUCUUAUAGCUCCUCUGCUAGAGUCCACAGCAAAAUCCUCACAGCAAUCAUCAUCUCAGAAAACUGAGCCAAACACCAUCUCUGGUGCAAAUAAUGAAAAAAAGCAUACACGCCACUUUUCCCUGGACGUCCAUCCAUAUAUACUUAGUAGUAAAAAACCCAAACCAGAGAUUCAAGCCAUUGCCUCAAUGCCUACAUCCAAUAGUCAAGAGGGUGGAUUUUUAAACCAAGAAGAAAAUGUCAUAGUACAUGUCACCUCUUCUCUCAAAGACCCACAUCCUGAAAAAGAUGCUCUGUACUCAUCUGAGACAUGCAGAACUGUACCCCCUGCAGGGGUGUUUCUCACCUGUAACCACAAACAUAUAGCAACAAGUGCUGCUACAACAAAUGUAACUCUGAGCCAGGCCAAAUCAGAGCCAACACCUGCACUGAACUGUAAUGCUGCUCACCCUCUGCUGCACAUCAAUACGCUGUAUGAAGAUCAUGAGGAAGAGGUUUCAAACCUUAUAGACAACAGCAUUCACUCACCAACUGAACCCAGGGAAAUACUCUCCAUACCCACCCCAAAACAGAGAAUGAUAGCAACAUUUGAUGAACCAAUGGCAAUAGUGAGCUCUGUGGAGUACUAAAGAGACUGCACUGCACAGCUGUACCCUGAUGGUUAGGUCUAUCACCACUGUAAGUUAGACCUUGCUAUCCACAACAAUGCAAUUUACUGCAUGAGCAUGGAGAGUUUUAAUACAAACUAUAGGCUUUGGUAAUACUUCAGAUGUUUUCCAGGGUCACAUCAUCACCACUGUUGGUAGCAUAUGAAACAGAAGAAUAAUAAAUCCAAAUGGAAAUACACCUUUACUGUAAACCUCCUCCCCACCACCAUGUGACACAAAGUUGUAGCCUCCUGAGCUCCACGUGGUCCAGACAACUUCUGAAAUGUUCAUUCAGUGACACAUCACAGCAAUUUUUUUUUACAGAGUGCAUAUAUCCUCUGUAGUUGACAAUUGCGAAUUCAAGUUAAACAAACAAAGGUAAGGUGUGUAUUCCAUUUUAAUGGUAGGAGUUGAGAGCAUCAACUAAUAAGAGGAAAAUGUCAGGAGAAUGUUUCUCAAGAAACAGGAACAAUCUGCAGGCAAGCUUUUCUUCAGGUUUUUUUUGACUCACUAAUGCUGGGCUUGAUGGAAAUUUAGGUUGAGGGGCCUAUUAACACCAGCAGUUAGUGCAAAAGGAAUUGAAAUUCUUCAAUUUCUUGUAUACCUGAAUGAGAAAUUCCCUGCCCUUUAACAAGCUUAUAUGUUUGAUGGAAGAUGAUAAAAUGAAGAGUUUAUUUUUUUAAAUAUAUUUUACCAUAAAAUUACUUUGUAGCUUUUCAAAUCAGGGGUUAAUUUAACAAAAUGGGUAGAAGAGGGUCAUUAUAGCUGUUUAUUUUUUCAUAGCAUUUCUGUGAACCAGGUUAGAAACUUUAAUGGGUGCUUUAUUGAUAUGAAAAAUCUUACAAAGCUGAUAAAAUAUUAAACCAGCAAUUUUGUCAAACAAUGCACAGUUAAGGAGGACUAUGAAUUUAAGUCUGCAGUAUCUCCAGAGGUCAAUCCAGCAAAACACUUAAGUAUGUGCUUAGCUCUUGGUAAAUGAGUAAUUCCACUGACACUGAGACUAUUCACAUAUUUAAACUUAAACAUAUGCCUAAGUGUGUCUGCUGGGCCUGGAUCCUAAAGUAUGCAAACAGUAAUCCUCCAGUAUAUGCUCUCCUUGUGAUUCAAAGUCUGCCUAUCUUGGCUCAAAGCACAUCCUCAUGCCCACCUUCCUAUAACUUUGACAUGUGUGAUUUUUAUUAGAAAACUCUAGGGUAAUUAAAACAUCAACUAAAAAUGUAUCAUGCAAUAACCAUUCUCAGCAAAAUUAUAGUGAAAUAAAAGUGACUUAAAAUAAUUACAGCUACAUUCAAAAUUAUGGACUUUCGUGUGUUUGCUUCAAAACUCUGUAUAAUGGUAGAACAAAAUAUACAGCACAAGUAUGGGACUGAAAUCUUAAAUAUAUUUUUAAUUUAUAUUACCUCAAACAUGGAUAUGUGAUGCCAGUAUUUAAUGAAAAAUAGCACUGAAAAUAAACAUUAUUCUGAAUAUC